AUGUUGGACGCGGGCCCUUCGUCGCCCUCAUCGCAAACAGCCGACUCAGAGGUGGCCAUGGGACUCAGCACACUGCCAUACGACUUGUUACUGAACAUUGCCACGUACCUGGACCUGCGCGAUGUCCAUGCCCUGCACUCUACAUCCAGAGCCCUCUACGAGGCAUCUACCACACGCACAGUGUACCGGAAGCUUGCGAACGAUCUCCUACGACGAUGUCGUGCUCUACCCCUGAAAGGCUUCCAACGCCUUUCGGACCUUACCACCGAGCAGCUCAUCCGCGCUGUGAACAAGGCAACCCACUACGAGGCAGCAUGGCGUGUUCGAGCGCCACGACCUAUCGCCCCAGAGCCUCACACGAACGGAAUUAAUUCGCAUUCAAACUACAUGGACGUAUCGCCGAAGAGCCGCCUCUCGGAGAAGGUCCAGCGGGAAGAGCACAAGUGGUACAAGAUCGUGUCGGCGCCACCGGGGGAAGAGGUCGAUUGGCUCUCACCAAUCACGUCGAGUUACACGCUCUGUGCGACGAAGAGCGGAAAGGUUGUGUGUUGGGACGUGCAAUCGGACACAUGCCUCGCUGAGUGGAACCCCGGCGCAAGAUGGGAGCUUUGGAAGUGUCGGGUCGAAUUUGAGGAGAGGACGGUGUUUUUUACGAUGGCAAAAGUGCUUUCUGGAUCCUACGAUGACGAUCGUAUCAUGGAGUUCGUCCUGAUGCGACUGACAUUCUCCGAUGGCCCGUCUGGCGAGAGUUCUCUAAAUCCGCCUAUCUUUUCUCAUGUUACAGAGUUUCGUACGACAGGCGUUGUAAUGAACGUCUUCCUCCUCGACCCAUCUGAGCGCCUAUUAUCAGCCUUCAUCUGGGUGUCCACUUCCAACACGAUCGGGCUUUACGCACUUCCUGACUGGAACAAGAACGAGUAUGUCUUCAUUGACACUGGUAUUGAAUGCGUGAUGUCGUCGAACUGGUCAUGUAUUUUGUAUCAACAACACAUCGUUAUCCACUGCGAAGAAAGCGAUGCUGCAUAUCAACAUUUUUAUCCGCUAUCACUGUUACGCACAUACACGAACACCCUGCCGACGAAAGAUUCCACACCAUCUAUAUCCCGACGACUACCGCCUGCUCGCACCCUCAAGAAGAAGUUCAUAUUUCCAUUAUUCGUGGAGACCGACUCGGACGCGGAUGAACCAGAUCUUGAAGGCGACAUGCAUACAACCUAUCAACGAAUCCUAUCUCGAAGAUACCUUCAUCACUACAAGUAUACCUAUACUCAAUGGCGAUAUGCUGAACUCAGCAGGGCCAUCUACCCAACCCACGACCGCUGCCCCAUCGUCUUCUCCAUCACAAGCGUCAACAGCUUCCUCUUCCUCAUCUUCACUUGUGAUCACAGCACCUCCGCACGACAAUCCCAACCCUUAUCCAUUCCCACCAUGGUACCCGGAAACUGCACCGUCGUCCUCCUGGCCGCCCAUGAUCCGGAAACACAUCGAACGCGGUUCGUCCUCGCGCAGCACUAUUUCCGGGUGCCGCUUGAUCAUGCAGAGUGGGAACAUAGCAUCACCGCUGUUCAGGGAGAAGUGCCUGUCACGAACGGGAAGCUACUAAAUGGACACGUGAACGGGAAACGGCCGGCAACGCUUGAAGACUUGCAGGACGACGCGCUGAUGCAUCUUUGGUACGUGAGCACACCGUUCGAGGUCGUGCGCGUCUUCGAUGGGCAGGAGGAAGAGGAUGAUGGGCAGUUGACUGAGCGUCCUCGUCCACUCGUAGCAGUCGACUUCGGCCACGCGGUGUGGAUCGAGUACGACGAUGAAGAUCGGCCAAGGGUAGAUACGGAUGGAGAGAUUGAAGGUGGCGAGUCGAAAUCGCUGAGAUUCGUCACGUUCCCGCCAUUCAGUGAGGAAUACGGUGUUGAGAUCGAUCUGAGCUCUGGGGGUUCGACUAGCGAGGUCAGGAAGCUGGAAAUACCGCCAGAGCUAGAUUUGUCGACCGUCGAGACCAUCAAUAUCGACCAGUCACAGGCACACAACCCCGCAGGAAUCAAGCAGCGAGUCAUGGGAGACGGUCUGGUCGGUUCUGGAGCAACCAUCCUGAUUAUCAUGGGCGGGCAGCCUGACAUGCUGGCAGCCCCGAAGGUCAAAAGCGGGAAAGUCACCCUGAAUCCGAACAGAUACCCAGAUGCGUACCAAAGAAGAGGCCAUCGCCCGUCGGGCACUCCAUCUCUCCCUCCAAGUCAACCACAACUCACAACAUCAAAGGAAGCACCCACGAAAGCGGGCGACAAGUUUCUCCCUCUUGACAUCGCGGUUGUGGGAGCGGGGCUCGGUGGAUUGGCUGCUGCCUACCUCCUAGGACGUGCUGGACACAGGGUCACUGUCUUCGAAGCAGCCUCCACUAUCAGCGACGUGGGCGCUGGGAUUCAGCUGUCGCCGAAUGUCACCAGGUUGCUGGCGCGGUGGGGCUUGGGUGAGCAGGUGAAGGAGCUUGCGUUUGUGCCUGAGACCUUAUCUUUGCGCCGCUAUAAGAACGGCGAGGUUGUUGGAUGGAGGAAAUGGGGCGAGAUAAUGGAGAGAGACUAUGGCGCGCCUUAUUGCCACAUCCACAGAGCGGAUAUCCAUAACAUCCUUUUUGAGCACGCAAAGCCGCACAUCAACUUCCGGCCGAACUCGACCGUGGUCUCAAUUGAUCCUUCAGCACCUUCACUCACUCUUGCAUCUGGGGAAAUCAUCAGGACGCAGGUUGUGAUAGGCGCAGACGGGGUUCACAGUCGCAUCAGGAGUAUCCUCGUCGGGGAACCAGACUCUGCGACGCCCACGGGCGAUGCGGCGUACCGCACGUUGAUUCCAACGUCUCUUAUGCUCAAGGAUCCGGAGCUGAAGGACCUGGUGAACGAGGGCGCGAACUGCUGGAUGGGGCCGAAAAGGCAUGUCGUCGGAUAUUGUGUGAGACGCAAGGAGUUAUAUAAUCUUGUCUUGAUCCACCCAUGUAAGGUAACGAACGAGAACACCCGAGAGGUCGAUUGCGAUGUCAUGCGGAAGGACUUUGAAGGUUUCGAGCCACGCGUACAGAAACUAUUAUCAUUGGUUGAUUCAGCUUUGGUGUGGUCAUUGAUGGAUCGCAAACCGCUGGACUCGUGGGUACACAAGGACGGUAAAGUGUGCCUCCUCGGCGAUGCCUGCCAUCCUAUGCUGCCAUACCGAGCCCAAGGCGCAGCGAUGGCCAUCGAAGAUGCUGCUGUUCUUGGUAAUUUGCUGUCUAGGGUGACGCAGCGGAAUCAGGUCCCGGUUCUCCUGCAGGCAUAUCAAGAGCUCCGCUUGCCGCGUGCAACCCUCGCGCAAGACGAGUCGCGUAUGAAUCAGUCGACAUUUCAUCUGGAGGACGGCCCUGAUCAGGAAAGGCGCGAUAACUCGAUGCGGGCGGCCAUGGAGGUUGCGCUGAAGGAGCUCCGGGGAGAAAAUACGGAUGCUGCCUGCGUUGGAAGCCAGAAUAUGUGGGGUGACAAGGAGAAGAACGACCGAAGUUUUGGAUAUGAUGCAGAUGUGCACGUAGAGAAGUGGUGGGUUGAGAACUCCAGUCGGGUUCUCGCUAAGGCGAAGUUGUAA